AUGAUGGCAGCCAAUUUGCGGCAGAGAAUGGACCGUUUUCUCGACUUCAUUAAUUCAGGCGAUGAGUCCAUUGGUCGGGAAGUUGUAUCCGAGUCCGCCGUCUUUCAUGUUCCUUUCUCGGAGCAACCAUUGACAGGGCUGGCUGGAUACAUGCAAAUUCUUGGGAUGAUGCGAUCAUCCUUCCCGGAUGUUCAAUGGUCGAUUGAUGAAACAGUCAUCGAAGGUGAUAAAGUUGUCGCGAAGUUCACUCUGAGCGGAACCCAUAAAGGGGAAUUUUUCGGGGUUCCCCCUACCGGGAGGAAGAUCCAAGCACGCGCGAUGAAUAUUUACCGAUUCUAUGAGGAUAAGAUUUUAGAAGAGACCGGGUUGCCCGAUAUCUUCGCUAUUAUGUUGCAGAUCGGAGCGAUAAAGCCUCCUCAGCCUCCUCAAUGUCACAAAGUCUGUGAUACUUCAUUGAGCAUUACCGAGCGAGUAAAAUCACUUGUUGAUUCUCUGACGUUGGAGGAGAAAAUCCUCAACGUUGUCGAUGCUUCAGCCGGAUCUGCACGCCUCGGUUUACCGCCACACGAAUGGUGCAAUGAAGCAACACACGGAGUUGGCUCUGCGCCGGGUGUUCAGUUUACCGAAAAACCCGCCAAUUUCAGUUAUGCCACCAGCUUCCCUGCACCGAUCUUGACAGCGGCCUCCUUUGACGAUGGUCUAGUGCGCAAAAUAGCCGGUGUUAUUGGCAAAGAAGGAAGGGCAUUUGCCAAUAACGGGUUCUCUGGCUUCGAUUUCUGGGCUCCAAACAUCAAUCCUUUCAGGGAUCCUCGGUGGGGAAGAGGACAAGAGACCCCCGGCGAGGAUACUUUUGUUGUGCAGAGCUAUAUCCGCAAUUUUAUCCCAGGGCUUCAGGGUAAUGAUCCCGAGGAAAAGCAGGUUAUUGCCACCUGCAAGCACUACGCCGUCUACGAUCUGGAGACGGGCCGAUAUGGCAAUGACUAUAACCCUAGUCAGCAGGACUUGGCCGACUAUUUCUUGGCUCCAUUCAAGACCUGCGUUCGGGACACGGGAGUUGGGAGCGUUAUGUGUGCGUACAAUGCAGUCGACGGCAUUCCAUCCUGUGCGAGCGAAUACCUCCUUGAACAGGUCCUAAGACAGCAGUGGAAUUUUACUGCAGACUAUAACUACGUGGUAUCUGACUGUGAUGCGGUCACCGAUAUCUGGAGAUACCACAAUUUUACCGACACCGAGGAAGCUGCUGCAUCCGUAGCUAUGAACGCUGGAACGGAUUUGGAAUGCGGCUCCUCGUAUCUCAAGCUGAAUGAAUCGCUUGCAGCGAGUCAAAUAACGGCCCGGAGUAUAGAUCGGUCAUUGACAAGGCUAUAUUCGGCAUUGUUCACCGUAGGCUUCUUUGACGGCGGAAAGUACAGUGGGUUGGAUUUCUCGGACGUUUCGACCCCCGAAGCUCAGGCCCUCGCUUACCAGGCAGCAGUUGAAGGCAUGACACUCCUCAAAAACGACCAGAAUCUUCUUCCUAUACGUUCUUCGCAUAAUUACAAGAGUAUUGCCCUAAUUGGGCCGUUUGCAAACGCUACGACUCAGAUGCAAGGCGAUUAUUCUGGUGUUCCGCCGUAUUUGAUUAGCCCAUUGCAAGCAUUUGAAACCCAUUCUGAGUGGGAGAUCAACUAUUCUGUGGGUACAGGAAUCAACAAUCAGAGCACUGCUGGAUUUGGUCCAGCUCUUGCAGCCGCGGAGAAGUCAGAUUUGACAAUUUACCUUGGUGGUAUUGACAAUUCCAUUGAGGCCGAAACACUCGACCGCACUUCCCUUACUUGGCCAGGAAACCAACUGGACAUGGUCACACAAUUAUCACAUCUUCACAAGCCUCUAAUUGUUGUCCAAUUUGGGGGCGGGCAGCUUGAUGAUAGCUCCCUUCUACAAAACGAGGGCGUCCAAGCUCUGGUUUGGGCAGGAUAUCCUAGUCAAAGUGGCGGCACUGCCUUGCUUGACGUGCUUACAGGCAAAAAGUCGAUCGCUGGCAGACUGCCAGUCACACAGUAUCCAGCAAGUUAUGCCGAUCAAGUGAGUAUUUUUGAUAUUAAUCUUCGCCCUGCUUUGAACGGUUCUUAUCCGGGAAGGACAUAUAAAUGGUAUACGGGGAAGCCUGUGAUACCGUUCGGGUACGGCCUGCAUUAUACUCACUUCGACUUUGAGUGGGAGCAGACUUUGGACCAUGGGUAUAAUAUUCAGAACCUCGUUGCCUCGUGCCGAUCCGACGGUCCUAUUAACGACACAUUCAUUUGGAUCAUCAUGAUCUUCACGGGUAUCGUGGGAACCCUGCUCUUCCAAUUUGCAAUGACCGUGAUGGGCGAGCAUUCAUCACCGAGCACUAUCUCUUCUGGAUGCGGAAAGGCAUUAACAUUGCAUAGCGGUACAUAUACAACCACUGUCAAUGGAAAACAACGCCAAUACACGCUGACGAUCCCCCAGGGCUACAAUCCAAGUGAGCCCUACAAGUUAAUGUUUGGUUACCACUGGCUUGGUGGGACAAUGCAGGAUGUCGUCAGUGGAUCAUACUACGGCAUAGAACCGCUUGCCGGAAACAGUGCCGUAUUUGUAGCUCCUCAGGGCUUAAAUAACGGGUGGGCAAACUCAGGAGGUGAAGAUAUAACAUUCACUGACCAGAUGUUGUCAACUCUCGAAAAUGCUCUUUGCAUUGAUAAGACUCAGGUCUAUUCUAUGGGCUGGAGUUACGGCGGUGCUAUGUCUUAUGCGCUAGCAUGCGCACGUCCUGAUGUCUUCCGCGCUGUUGCUGUCAUGUCCGGGGCAAAUCUAAGCGGCUGCAGCCCUGGCUCUCAGCCUGUGGCGUAUUAUGCACAGCACGGUGUCAGUGAUAGUGUCCUACCUUUCACUUUAGGCGAACAGAUAAGAGACACGUUUGUCAAGGACAAUGCCUGUACCGCCACAAAUCCUCCCGCGCCUGCUGCCGGCAGUGGUACCCACAUCAAAACAGAAUAUUCAGGGUGCUCAUCAGGCCACCCAGUGUGGUGGGUGGCCUUUGACGGGCCCCAUGAACCUCUGGCGACAGAUGCUGGCGCAAGUUCUUCUUGGACUCCAGGACAGAUAUGGAGUUUCUUCUCGCAAUUCUUUUAA